AUGGGGCGGCAGCCGUUGAAGGAGGGAGGCGGACGCAAGGAGCGCAAAAACAUCCGCACGUCCGCAUCGUUCGAGAUGCGUCUGGCGGCCAUCAAGCAAUUUGAAGAAAGUGGUGAUAUGGCGACGACAGUGGAGAGCAUCUUUCCGACGCUAACGGUGCAGGCCAAACGCAGUAAGAAGCGCGUCAUCUACGGCUGGGUCAAAAACCGUGACAAGAUUGAGAAGGCGUGCGAGUCAGUGAAUACCGCCAAGGCGCAUCGACUGCUAUGGUUGCGCUCGCUGCAGAGGCUGGGCGUACCCGUGACAGGUGCCAUGCUGUCUGAGCAUGCAUUGGAGGUGGCAAAAGAGCUAGGUAUUGAUAAUGCUCACUUUGCGGCUUCAGCGCCCUGGAGGAAGAAAUUUCUUCAAAGACAUAAUUUGACCAUGUAG